AUGGCUUCCCCCACUAGCCCAACAGUCGGCCGCGCUGCCACCAACGGCAGCGUCGACGAAGAUGCGGUCCCAGGCGAGGACUCCAGCGAGGUAACCAAGCUGUUCGCCGAACGCCUGCAAGCAUGGAAACACGCCGUCGCAUACCUCGAAGACUACAUCACGGCGACGGAGAAGACCAACCACGCGCACGGCAAGGAGUACGAGCGCGUGUUGAAAACGGUGAAGGACCCGCUUAAAGAGGGGCAUCACUUUGACCAGUCGUUGGGAGGCAUUGCGGGCAUGUUUGAGAACAUCAGGAGCAACACACAGGGUAUCUCGAACCAACACUACGAAACCGCCAAACAGCUCAAGGGCCAGGUCCUCCCCACCUUCGACCGCCUGCACACCGAGAUCAAGAACAAGUCGAAGGAGCUUGCCAAGGGCGCUGGAAAACAGAGCAAGGCCGUUGAUAAGGCCCGCGCUCUCACCCAGAAGCACAUUGAGCACUUGGGUACCCACACGGCUACCUUUGACAGCACCGGUGGCCGUAUGACUGCCACCGAUGAUCCCUAUGUACUCCAGCGCGGUGUUCUGUUUCGGCUUAAUAGGCAGAUUCAGGAGGAGAACAACAACAGACAGGAUUUGAUCAGUGUGCAGAACAGUUUUGCUCAGUUUGAAGCUCAUGUCAUCCAGACCAUCCAACACGGCCUAGCCCAAUUCAUGCAAGUGGUCAACACUCAAUGUGACCAAACCAAGGCCAUGUACGGCGAUAUGGUAGGUGCCUCGCAGAAAAUCCCACUCGACUUCGAAUGGAACGGAUUUGUGGAUCGCAACAACACAAUUCUCAUCGACCCCAACGCGCCCCCGCGCUCCGUCUCCAACAUCAACUUUCCAAACCAAGACCACCGAUCCACCAAGCCCAUCAUCGCAGGCUCGCUGGAAAGAAAGGGCAAGAUCAUGCGCGGGUACGACACGAAUUACUACGUCGUAACGCCUUCCAAGUUUCUACAUGAAUACAAAACCGACGACAAUUUCGCAAAGGACCCUGUUCCCGAGAUGUCCCUGUACCUCCCCGACUGCGUCGUCGGCGCCGUUAGCGGGCAAAAGUUCAAUGUUAAGGGCAAGGACGUGUCCAAGGGGAAGCUGGGCAACUCUUUCUCUAUGAAUCACGAGCUUGCUUUCAAAGCGCACACGGCCGAUUCUGCAACCCAAUGGCACCAAGCAAUCAUGCAAGCCUGCGGGAAAUUGACGGGCGAGUUGCCCGCGGGCAGCACGCCUACCAGUCCCGUGGCAGACAAGAUGAGCCCCGUCAGCAGCAUCAACUCGCGCACAACGGGCACGCCGGCUGCCGAUGCCAGACAGCCUGCUGCCCUGCAAACAGAGGGUCUGUCAAAGACCAACAGCGUCACCAGCCCUGGCACUGCCAACACGGCAUCCGCCGCCACUCCCGCGAGUGCCACGACUCCUGCACCGACUAGCGGUGUUGCGGGCGAGCCUGGAAAGUACUAA